CGGGGCGGCGCGCGGCCCCAGAGCGGAGUGAGCGGCGCCCGCAGCGACCUGAGAGCGCAGCCAUGGCCGCGGCGGUCCCGAGGCUGCUCCUCAUCCCCGCGCCCGGCCCCGAGGCGCCGCAGCCGGCCCGCAAGCGGCAGCGGCUCACGCACCUGAGCCCGGAGGAGAAGGCGCUGCGCAGGAAGCUCAAGAACCGCGUGGCGGCACAGAGCGCCCGGGACAGGAAAAAGGCGAGGAUGGCGGAGCUGGAGCAGCAGGUGUUGGAGCUGGAGGAGGAGAACCAGAAGCUGCUGCUGGAGAACCGGCUUCUGCAGGAGAAGACGUGUAACCUUGCCGUGGAGAACCAGGAGUUGCGCAGCCGUCUGGGGUUGGAUGUACUGAAGAUGGAGGAGGAGGAGGAAGAGUCCAAAAACAGGGUCCGCAGCACUCAGACUACGUGUUCCUCUGCAGCAGGUGCAGGCCCAGCAGUCACCACUUCUGAUCACUUCCACAUGGAUUCUGAUGGCAGUGACUCUUCAGAUGCUGAGUCUGAUCUCCUGUUGGGCUUUCUGGACAGUCUGGACCCAGAGAUGUUUCUCAAAUAUGCUGAUUCAGAGUCACGGUGCCUGGAAAAGCUGGAGGAAAAGAUCAGUGGAGAAACAAAUUCCAUACCAGCCUCCCCCUCUCCCUCUUUGGGGUCCUCAUCAGCAAAGCUGGAGGCCAUUAAUGAACUGAUAAGGUUUGAUCAUGUGUACACAAAGCCCCUGAUACUGGAGGUUCCUGUUAAAGCGGGCAAUCCAACCAAUAUGCUAGUGAAAAUUGAGGAAGUACCUCUCUUUGCAUCUGAAGACAAAGCUGUCCCUGAGGUCCCAGUAUCUGUGAAAGAAGAACCCGUAGACAGCUUUAUGCCUGAGCUGGGCCUCUCUCAUCUGCUUUCCUCUCCUCGUAGCCCUGCAGCCUCAAGCUAUUUCUUCGAUGCCUGUAGUGACUCCGGAUAUGAGGGAUCCCCGUCGCCCUUCAGCAACUUGCCCUCUCCACUUGACAUUGACUGUGCUUGGGAGGAUAGUUUUGCCAAUGAACUCUUUCCCCAGCUGAUCAGUGUCUAACUUGCAGUAGUGUUGACUCCCCCUGGGUGACUAUCCUGGCAGGAUAACAGGAUGUGCCCCUUCGGGGUGUGGGGGGAAUCAGUUGUGUUCAGAAGGUGUUGCUCACUUUGACCCAUGCUGGUAGCUGGUGGGAUGGCCAGGGCAUUUCUCUAGGUGUGAAACAGCCUGGGGUGUCCUGUCCUGCCCUCUGCAAUGCUCCCAUCAGUGUUGGCUUAUGAGGGAAGACAGCAUGCUUCUCAACUUGCCAAUUCUCCAUAAGUCUGAAAGUCCUUUUGUUUUCAAUUUAAAAUAUUUUCUACAGUGGGGUAUUCAUAUUCAUGUAUAGAUGACCACGUUCAAAUUGAAUAGUCUGUAUAUUCUACAGAUUUACUGUGUAAAUGCCCGUUUUCCAUUUGCUUUGUAGAGUUGCUUUCUCCAUUUAAUAUUUAACUGUACUGGUACAAUUAAAAGUGCAAUGCAGCUCACUGA